GCUGGGUGAACAGUCUCCUCCCCUUUCCUUAAGUUGCGGUGAUAGUAAGCUGCUGUGUUCAGAGCACAUGCAGAUUGUCAGUUUUCUCUGUCUCCCGCUCGCUCCACUCUGCAGCUCGCUUCUAUCUGCUGGGAAACCCCUACCUUACCUGCCACCACCCUGUUCCCAGAGAACCGAAGGUCUGAAAAGGUUUCUCUAGUACCUCCCACAGAAAAGUCUUCCAUUUUUUGAAGGGAUAUUGACAGAAGUUAUUUGUAGAAGAAAACUUUCUUGAAGAUAGAUGACUAAAGGUAACGGAGAAGAGCCAAAAACUGGAAGUAGGAUGGAACGCAUUCAACAAGGAGUCCGGAAACGUACACUUUUGGCUAAAAAAAAAGUGCAGAGCAUAACAAAGGAUGAUGUUAAAAGUUAUUUAUUGAGGAAUGCCUUUGUGCUCUUCACCGUUGUUGCCGUGGUUCUUGGUGUAAUCCUUGGAUUUUCUCUCCGAUCAUAUAAGAUGAGCUACCGGGAAGUCAAGUACUUUUCAUUUCCAGGAGAACUACUCAUGAGAAUGCUGCAAAUGCUGGUCCUGCCGCUAAUUGUAUCCAGUUUAGUCACAGGAAUUGCUGCCCUGGAUAGUAAAGCAUCAGGGAAGAUGGGAGUCCGAGCAGUAGUCUACUACAUGAGUACUACGAUCAUUGCUGUACUGAUUGGUAUAAUCAUUGUGGUCAUCAUCCACCCCGGGAAAGGUACUAAAGAAAACAUGCACAGAGAAGGCAAAAUUGUGCAAGUGACAGCAGCAGAUGCCUUUCUUGAUUUAAUCAGAAAUAUGUUCCCUCCAAAUCUGGUGGAAGCUUGCUUUAAACAGUUCAAAACUAACUAUGAAAAGAGAAUGUUUAAAGUAAAUAUUCCAUCUAAUGACACAUCCACAGUGGCUUCCAUAAUAAGCAAUGUGUCACAAGCAAUGGAAACCCUCACUCAAAUGAAAGAGGAAAUAGUUCCUGUUCCAGGUUCUGUAAAUGGAGUGAAUGCCCUUGGCUUGGUGGUUUUCUCAAUAAGCUUUGGCCUGGUGAUUGGAAGCAUGAAGGAGCAAGGUCAGGCAUUAAAAGACUUCUUUGAUAGCCUUAAUGAGGCUAUCAUGAGAUUGGUAGCUCUAAUCAUGUGGUACGCUCCACUUGGAAUCCUCUUCUUGAUUGCUGGAAAAAUUGUUGAGAUGGAAGAUAUGGGUGUGAUUGGUGGUCAGCUUGCCAUGUACACUGUAACAGUUAUCAUCGGUUUGCUAAUUCAUGCUGUCAUUGUCCUACCUCUUCUCUACUUCCUGAUCACUCGUAAGAACCCUUGGGUAUUUAUUGGAGGCUUAAUCCAGGCAUUAGUCACAGCUUUGGGAACGUCUUCCAGUUCUGCAACACUACCUGUCACAUUUAAGUGUCUAGAAGAAAUAAAUGGAGUGGACAAACGAGUUACAAGAUUUGUACUCCCAGUCGGUGCUACAAUUAAUAUGGAUGGAACUGCUUUAUAUGAGGCUUUGGCUGCAAUUUUCAUUGCACAGGUUAACAACUUUGAUCUGAACUUUGGGCAGAUUAUCACAAUCAGCAUCACAGCUACAGCUGCCAGCAUUGGGGCUGCAGGCAUUCCUCAGGCUGGACUGGUCACCAUGGUCAUUGUGCUUACGUCAGUAGGUUUGCCUACAGAUGAUAUCACUCUCAUCAUUGCAGUGGACUGGUUCUUGGAUCGUCUCCGUACCACUACCAAUGUCUUGGGAGACUCCAUUGGAGCAGGAAUUGUUGAACAUUUAUCACGGCAUGAGCUGAAGAACAGGGAUGCUGAAAUGGGUAAUUCUGUGAUAGAGGAGAAUGAAAUGAAGAAACCAUACCAACUGAUCUCACAAGAAAAUGAGAGUGAGAAACCAUUAGAUAGUGAAACCAAGAUGUAGGUUAAAGAAAGCACGAGUCCAACACUGCAAGUGUGGAAAACACACUUUUUUUCCAGCCAUUUAUAUCUUGAGUUCACCAAGUUCACUUAUUCCUUGUUUUCUCCCUUUAUGCUAGCACUGGGAAGAAUUAAUGAAAAUAUAUUCCAAAUUAGCAGUGAUCAUGGUAUAUGUUGGCUUCCCACUUAAAAAAAAUUAACAGGCAACACACUGGUCCUGCUACACAUGUGCUAACUGAGGACAAAAAAGACAGACUGUCAAUUAAAUAAAAACAAAAAUCAGUGUAUAUGUUACUCAGUCCUGUAAACCUAUUCUUUUUUUUUCCCCCUUUUUUUCCUUUUUUAUGAACUGGAAAGUAAAAACCGAUAGCAGAGCCUGAAAAUGGUUUUAUUUUUUUAAAUACCCAUUGCAAAAUUCCUAACAUUAUAAACACACAAUCAAUACUUCUAACUUGAUAACUGCAUCCAGCUAAGUAAAUUAACAGGAUUUUUGCUUUUUUAUCAGAUUUUUUUUUUCUCUAGUGUUAUAUUGUUGUUGAAAUACCAGCAGGACAAUAAAAAGGACAUUAAUUGAAAAGAUAAAAAGGGGGAAAAUAUAUAAAUAAAGAAAAAAAUAUUCCUAAUUAGCACUUCUAUCAGCUGAGCUGAAAUACUUCUGAGCAAGUUAUUUUAUCUAGACACAGUUUUUGCCAUUAGCCUCAGCUGAUCUUGAGAAAAACUUAACCUAGUCAGCUCCCACUGACUUGCAAACAUUUACAUAUGUAUGUAUGUGCCUCCAAUGUGGAUUUACCCCCUUAAUUUCAGCAUUACAACCCAGCUGAACAAUCUAUGUGUGUAAGUGUUUGCAGGAGCAAGGCCCUAGUCUUAUUCACUCUGGGACGGAAAAAGUGUCGUCAUCUUUGGAAAAAAAAACAUAGCAUGCUCUGGCUAUGCCAAUUAUCUACUUAAUAAGCAAUAAUAAGAAUAGAAGGUAGUGCCAGCGUUCUGCAGAAGGUGCAAAAGGGUGAGAUGCUCAGAUCCCAAAGGGACUGGAUUCUAAAUCUGAAUCCCUGAGACCAACAGGAAGUUUCCUGAUUGGAAACCUCCCAAAUGCUUGGUCAUCCCACUGAAAAGUUAUAGAGCUAUUAGCUGGAUUUACGUUUUUCCAUCUAGAGAAGAAGUCUCCCUAUCUGAAUGUGAAAUUUCAAAAUCCUUGUGUGCUUAUCAGUAGCAUCUCAAAAAAAUAACCCUUUAGAAAGUAAAACUAAUGGGUGCUUUUUACUUUUUACUAGGAAAACUAUAUAAAUUGCAAAAUAGUAAAUACUACAAUAAAUGCUGACAUUUUAAUUAGAAAGCAUUUUAAAGCACAAUAUUGUAGGUUUCUUUCAGGGAAUAGAUAAGGAAAGAAUGAAAAAAGGGAGACAAUGCACUUGUAAUCCUGUGGCUUUUUUUGUUCAUUUCAAGAUUAUUCUCUGAUGAAGCCCGAUUCUAGAAAUAUAAAUAAUGUAUUUUUUCCUUUUUGCCUUGUAUUAUUUUCGAGGUUAAACUGGAAGGUUUUAUAAUGCAGUUACUGUUGGGGGAAUGAAAAAACAUUAAUUGACAGGCACAAUAAUUUCGAGUGAUCUAUUUUAUUAAAAUGUUCAGUUGUCUUCUUUCUCCCUCCCUCUACCAAAAAUUUCUGACGACUGAAAUGAAGGAAUCCCUUGCAAUGUCCCAGUUACCACUCAAAAAACAUUGAAUAUGUUGCUUCUGUCACUAAAAGAACAUAAAUGCAGUGUACAAGUAACGGUAGUGAAAAUGUCAGCACGCUGGCUGACGGCAAAUCUUUUCCCAGGCAAGACCCUUUUUUUUAGGACUGAAAACUCCUGACCAUCUUCUCCAGUUGAGUAACUCAGACAAUACAGGCAGGAAUUCUACAGUGAAUGAAGUGAGCAGGGUAUAAUACAGAGUAUUGAGCAGUCAAACCAACAAAGCUCUAAAUGAAUCUCUGACUGAAAGAAAACAAAUAUGGGGGAUCUUUUUUUGCUAACAGAAUGCAAAUCUAGGAUACAGACAGGCAUUUUCUUAUAUGUAAUUAGAGAUAUUUUUAUAUAGAUACUGUAUUCAGAAUGUGUGUAUAAACAUUAACUGUAGAAUUUAUGGCAUAACAAUUUAAUUUUUUGUUAAGAUUUUGUUUGGAAAUACAUUGCAAAGACAAUGUAAAUGGCUGUCUUUCUAUGACAUCAGCUGAGAAAAGUGAAUUGUGUCACAAAGAAUGUGAUCUUUUUUUAUACUAACUUUGUUUCUUAUGGAAAUCAGGUAUUAUAGAAAGAUUCACUUUCCCAUCCCUCACUGGUUCUGCAUUGGUAUGCACCCAGAGUGGAUUGAGAAACAUUACUUUGUAGAUGUAUUUUCAAUAAAAAUAGUUUUACAUUA